AUGGCCGAAAUAACGAUCGUGGUGAAGCCCGCGGCCGGCGGCGACAAGGUGUCCGUGACGACCGGCCUGGGCGCCACGGUGGCGGAACUCAAGGAGGAGGUGGGGAAGAAGUGCGGCGUGCCGGCGGCCGAGCAGCGGCUGAUUUACAAGGGGCAGAUCCUGCGCGACGAGCGGACGAUCGAGAGCUACGGCGUGGGCGACGAGCAUGUCCUUCACAUGGUUCGGAAACAUCCGCAGCCCACGGGGGGCAGGUGCGCCGGCGGGCUGCCUCGCCUCAGGGAUCAGCGCCCCCCAGCGGCGGCUCUGCGGGGGCCCUGGCUUAGCGGGCCCGGGGCGGAGCGGAUCUGA